AUGGGGACCAGCCUGCCUCUCUUUCUCCUCCUGAGCCUCCUUGGCAGCUCACAGGGGACAGGGCCAGGAAUGGGUUUGCGGCUGACACUGAAGGGUUCCUUUCUGGCAAAUUCCUCCUGUGAUUCCAGUUCCCUGGAGCUGCUCAAGAAGCUCUGCCUCCUUCUCCGCCUCCCACCAGGGACCAACGUCACCCUCCACCAGGCAGGAUCCCCACACAUCACCUGCAAAGUCUGA